UAUCACCAAAUAAAAAAAUCAAAAACUCCAAUAGAACUUGGUUUUAAGUGAUUUUCAAUUUUGAAUUUUUCAGAUUUCUACCCCUUAUUAGCGUGUUCUUUUCCUAUCGUGAUUAGGUUUUCAAGAUUUCCACCUUAACACUUUUCUCCCUCAAUAAUUGAACGCAAUUCCCAAUUCCUCCAUUGUUUCGUUUCGAUAGCACGAUAAUCGUACGACCUCGACAGUCUCCGCCGAUUCGGUUGUGCUGUUCACAUAAAAAUUUCUGGAAACAAUGAGGCGGCAAGGGCAGUAUGGUGAUGCGUCUGCCAAUAGUUAUGGAGCUUCCCAGAUGCAUCAUCAUCAUAUGGUUGGUCAAAGGGUGGAACCUAAGUCUGGUAACUUUGAAGGACGGCUAGAGGCCUUCACUCCGGAAAGAGAGAAUCCCUAUUCGAAUUUGAAGCCAGAGGGUCAGUGGAGAUGGGAAUUGGAUGAAUCCAAGAUGUCUAAUUCAAUGACAUCUCACAUGUUUAAUGAAGGUCAAGGGGGUGAUGCUUCGAGGUCCUAUUUUCAAGGACAGAGGCCUGAUCCUAAAUUGGCUUUGCAGAGUCGGAGUAACAGUGAUUCCAGAUCUCAGGCCCAUGAAGAAGAUAUGGAUGUUAGAUAUGAAAGAAAUCAUUUAUCACAAACUUUUGAAGGUCUUGAGCAGAAUUUUCAUGAUGACAUUAUUAAAAUGACUAAAGAACAGCAGGAUGUUGAAGAUGCAGAACAUGCCCGACACAGAGAGAAAAUAAAUGCAAUCAAUAGUCAGUAUGAAGAAAAACUGGAAGCACUCCGCGCACGGCAUGAAAGCCGUAGAGCUGAAUUUCUUCAAAGGGAGUCGCGUGCAAGACAACAGAAGUAUGAGCAAAUAAUUCGGGAUCCUUACUCCAGUAGUGGCACGGCACCCAAAGACCCUCAUGCUCACACCAAUGUUCCUGCUUCAGCUUCUGGUGGUGAACCCCAACGAGGCUAUUCGGCCGAUCACUUUGAUCCCUACAGAGAGCGAUCUCGAUUUCUUGGAAAUGCAAGAGAUCAAGGAUUUGAACCUAGAGGUCCAUAUCCUGGGGGCCGUGUUUAUGACACUGGUUCGCGCUACUACAACUGAGUUUUGACUAAAAGUUCACCUCCCAGGUUGGGUUUGUACUGAGUGCAAUUUAAAUUGCAUAUAUUGACAUCAAUUCAGUUGGAUGUAGGAUCGGUGGGAUGUUUGGUUGAACCGGAUCCUCUCCAUUUUCUCAAGAAAUUGACAUAUAAUUUAAAAUCACUGUGGCUGAGAUUUACUUUACUUUUAAAUUGAUUGAUCUAUAUUUUCUUAAAAAA